AUGCCGGAAAACGGUUUCUCCAGGCUUUCCGACGACGUCGUACUCAACAUUCUCUACAAGCUCGAGGAGGAUCCCCGCACCGACGAGGCCGACUCCACCGACUGCAUCUGGUCCUUGUACGACGAUCUUCUAUUCGAUACCCUAUACACCGAUUCAGAAACUUUGGAAAAGCCCAAAAUGGAGCCCGUAAUGGGGGAAAUCGAAGAAGAAAAGCCCGAAUCCUCCUCCGCCUGUAAGAGGAGGAAGAAAACCUGCAUCAGCAGGUCCCUCAGGUCACAUCUGGCCGACGGGAUUUGGAAUCUUAGCCGCGAGCAGGGGAACAAGCUGCUCGCUAGCCGGUUUAAGGACGAUUGCCUGUACAUAUGCGAUUGGCCAGGCUGCAUUCACGUGGAGGAGAAAAGGAAUUACAUGCUUUUUCGAGGGAUUUUCAAGGACUUCAAGCAGUCUAGGGUUUGGAGGACGAUCAACGAAGGCGGCCGGAUCAAGAUAGACUUGCACUGCGCGUUUUGCUCGUGUAACCAGACAUGGGACCUUCAUUCCUCGUUUUGUUUGAGAAGGCAUUUCGGGUUUCAUGAUGAUGGUGAGCCCUUUGUUCGGGCUUAUGUAUGUGAGAAUGGACAUGUUUCGGGGGCGUGGACCAAUUGGCCUCUCUACACUUGA